UUUUUUUAAAUUGGAAAAGUACUCAUUAAAUGGCUUUGCGCGCAUGCACGCGUAUACACACACACACACACUUUCAUGAAACAAAAUCCCGAGUGACUUAACACCUUUUAAAUAAGUGGCAAGAUUUGAUCCAAGUUAGCACGUGAUUCUGUUUGAGAGAGUAGAUGGAGUAAAUGCCUUUGGAUUAUAAUGACUUGCUUGUUUUUCUUAUGAACCUGGGGAGGGUAGUAAAAGGUGUUCAGUUUGGAAACAGAAUGAAAUGUGAAUCUCAUCAGGCUGAUACUGACCUGAGGGGAAAGCUGUUACUCUCCCCAGGACGUGGGGAUGUGUAUGUUACCCCGAGAUGCCAUUCAUUCCCCAGAUCUUGGGCAUUUGUUCUGUCCCUGGCUCUGGGGAGAACAGGAGAAAUCCAGCAGGGUCCCAACCCAUGAAGGUCUCUAAGCUUGUUGGGGGGAGGGCCGUCUCAGCAGACACUUGUGAGACUGUGGGAAGGAAGGGCUUUGGGGCCUUGAAGAUACAGAGUAGAGCUCCCAGGUGAGGUAGGGUGCAGAGGCAUUAGCUCUCCUGAAGCAGCCACCCUGCUGCUCGGCCUGGGGGUAGUACUGAGGUGUGUCCGAUGGAGGAGGUCCUGGCCAGGCCUGCUCUAAAGAGGGUGGGACGACACCGGAAAGGCAGAUGCAGGCCAGACUGUGUCAAGUUGUAUCAUCCGGGUAGUAGGGAGCCAUCGAAUGUCAUUCGGCAGAAGAGUGCUGUGCUUAGGGUGGUAAUUUUAUUUUAUUUUUUAAAGGUUUUAUUUAUUUAUUUGACAGGCGGAGAUCACAAGUAGGCAGAGAGGCAGGCAAAGGGUGGGGGAAGCAGGCUCCCUGCUGCCCGAUGCGGGGCUCUAUCUGAGGUCGCUGGGAUCAUGACCUGAGCCGAAGGCAGAGGCUCAACCCACUAAGCCACCCAGGUGCCCCUAGGGUGGUAAUUUUAAAAUCAGUAGUGACAGUGUGGAGGCCAAGCAAGCAGGGGAGAGCAUGCUGUGGUAUUCUGUGACAACUGAAGGCCUGAACUGAGGCCGUGGGGACUCGAAGGAAGGGGCGGGCUUUGUUGCUGAAGUCCAAGGUGGUGGGCUUGAGGGUUAGCCGUUCCCACUCUGUGAUGCUGAUUUCUACAGCAUCUUCACUCGGGUGAAGGAGUUUGCCGCAAUUGUUGAUGUGAAAGAAGAGUCUCACUAUAUCUUGGAUCCAAAACAAGCCCUUAGGAAGCUCACCCUAGGUACUGUGGGCAGUUUCCUUCCCCAAACAUAACGAGUAUUGCUUAACUUAAUACCAGUAACUUUUAUCGAGGGAUCUCAGUACCUUUAGUCUUGGGGGGAUGUCAGUUCUGUAGCUCACUUGAAAUCUUUAGACUGUAUUUGGUGACCAUGAUGGGGAAAGGCAGGAUGGAUGAGUGUGGUUUGGAGCAAGUUGAAUUUGAAGCCUCCUGUGAGGUGGGUGUUUAUUUGGAAACAGGAUUGCUUGAAAUACUGUGACCUACUCAUUAGGUGUUUGGGACGUGUUCAGACUGUUAGUGAAGGUGAAGAAAGAAGACAUCAUCCCUGUGGGAGAGUUACAAAGCUCUGAAGGCAAAUGCACUCACCUGGGAGCUGAGAUUUAAAAUGUGUCCCUGGCUCCUCAGCCUCGAGAUCACCGAAGUGGCCUUGGAGUAUAACAACUGUCAUGGGGACCAGGUGGUGGAGCGGCUCCUUCAGCACCUGCGGCGAGUGGACGGCCCGGUGUUCAGGCCUCUGGCGCCUGAGCCCCCCGCGCAGCUGCCGGAGCCACCGCUGAUCACGGCGUCCCCCUGCUGUAACACCGUGGUGCUGCCCCACUGGCACUCCGUCUCCAGGACCCACAACGUCUGUGAGCUGUGUGUCAAUCAGACCACGGGGGGCGUCCGGCCCAGCUCGGUGGGCAUGCCGCAGUGCAGCUUUUUCGAGAUGGCGGCAGCUCUGGAUUCUUUCUACCUCAAGGAGCAGACCUUUUAUCAUGUGGCGUCGGGCAGCAUCGAGUGCAGCAAUUUUCUGAGUUCCUACAGCCCCUUCAGCUACUACACUGCAUGUUGCAGGACUAUAAACAGGGCCAUGACGGGCUUCAUUGAUGCUGGACACAGUGUCUUUGAAACCCCGACCAUCGCGCUUUCUUCCCUCGAGAAGAAAUGUGAGGCUGACCCCCCAGGCUCCGUUCCUCACAUUGAGGAGAACAGGUAUCUCUUUCCUGAAGUGGACGUGAGUAGCACAGACUUCACAGGCCUGAGCUGCAGAACGAACAAGACCCUGAACAUCUACCUUUUGGAUUCAAAUUUAUUUUGGUUAUAUGCAGAGAGGCUGGGGGCUCCGAGCGCCACUCGGGUGAAGGAGUUUGCCGCAAUUGUUGAUGUGAAAGAAGAGUCUCACUAUAUCUUGGAUCCAAAACAAGCCCUUAGGAAGCUCACCCUAGAGUCUUUUAUUCAAAACUUCAGCGUUCUCUACAGUCCCUUGAAAAGGCAUCUCAUUGGAAGUGACUCUGCCCAGUUCCCUUCUCAGCAUCUAAUCACUGAAGUGACAACUGAUACCUUUUGGGAAGUGGUCCUUCAAAAACAGGACGUUUUGCUGCUUUAUUACGCUCCGUGGUGCGGCUUCUGUCCAUCCCUCAAUCAUGUCUUUAUCCAGCUCGCUCGCCUCCUGCCGACGGAUACAUUCACUGUGGCGAGGAUUGAUGUGUCUCAGAACGACCUUCCUUGGGAAUUUAUGGUUGACCGUCUUCCCACUGUCUUAUUUUUCCCCUGCAACAGAAAGGACCGCAGUGUGAAAUACCCCGAAGACCUUCCCAUCACCCUUCCUAAUCUGCUGAGGUUCAUUCUGCAUCACUCAGACCCCGCUUCCGCCCCCCAGAACUUAGCUAACCCUCCUACCAAAGAGUGUCUUCAGAGCGAGGCAGUCUUCCAGCAGGGGCACAUCUCCCACUUGGAGAGAGAGAUCCGGAAGCUGAGGGCAGAAAUCAGCACCCUCCAGCGGGCGCAGGUGCAGGUGGAGGCCCAGCUGUCCAGCGCGCGCAGGGACGAGCACCGGCUGCUUCGGCAGAAGCAGACCCUGGAGAAGCAGCACAGCCUACUCCAGCGGCACAGCGAGCAGCUGCAGGCCCUGUACGAGCAGAAAACCCUGGAGCUCCAGGAGGUGGCCCGGAAGCUCCAGGAGCUGGCCGACGCCUCGGAGAACCUCCUCACUGAGAACACGUGGCUCAAGAUCCUGGUGGCAACCAUGGAGCGGAAGCUGGAGGGCAAGGACGGAGCCACAGCCCUCUCGGCCCCCCGAGAGGCCACCUCUGACCACCCUGAGCCUCCGGGGCCCCCCCGGCUACCAGGCAGCAGCCUCCCGCCUUCCAACAGCAGCUCCACGCUGGCGUCCGAAAGGAGCAAUGAGAACAGGACAGACUAACUUUUAAAAUACAUGAAGAAAUCAGAGGUGAAAACUGUACAUUGGGAAUAUAUUUAUGCAAAUUUUAUUGAAAUUUAUUGUAAAUAAAGAUUUUCUCAGUGGUCUAGAAAAUCA